AUGUACUUCAUUUUUGGUGGAGCAACCACCUUAAUGUUCAUGUUGCUUGGGGGUGAUGUGGCAAUUUUCCUUCCUCAUGUUGUUAACAAUGCCAGGGAACAUAGGGAUCUUGGCAAUUCAAAUUUGUCUGGUUACCUGGUAGCUGACCUUGGGAAACUUGAACAUCUGCAGUAUCUGGAGCUUUACAAAAACAACCUUCAAGGGAGAAUCCCCAUUGAGCUUGGUAACUUGAAGAGCCUAAUAAGCUUGGAUUUGUACAACAACAAUAUCUCUGGAAGCAUUCCUCCAUCACUCGGGAAGUUGAAAUCUCUUGUGUUUUUGCGUCUUAAUGAUAAUCAUUUGACUGGGCGAAUCCCGAGGGAACUUGCUGAUAUUUCCAGCCUAAAAGUUGUGGAUGUCUCAAACAACAAUUUGUGUGGAACAAUUCCUAUUAAAGGUCCAUUUGAGCACAUCCCAUUGAACAAGUAA